AAAGCAAGCGAAAUGUCGAUCCUUGUAGCCAAGAACUCGCCCGAGUUUCGUCGACCGGCGACUGUACAGCGUAACAACAAAAAUGGUCUGGCGAAAUACCAUCUUGGAGCAAACAGUGGCAGCCGUACUACUGAUUGGGAAGUACGUACCCUAGCCCAAGGAAUAAACGGUCUACAAUCGCGACUCAAGCAUCACCAUGAGAAAAAAUUCAUGACAUCCACCUCAACGGCGACGAGCAUUGUCACAAUCGCUGUCACUACUACAACCACAUCAUCUGAUUGUAGGGGUUUACCGUCAUUGCCUAUCUCUAGAGAUGUUCUUUCAACAUUGCCCUCGUGCAAGAUCUCCAACCUGAGGCUUACGUCUGAGGCUAGUCCUAGCGAAUCUCCACAUCUUAUCUUGAAAACGUCCACUGAUUUACUUACCGGACAAACUAACCAGCAUGAGGACAAUUCGCUUUUACCACAGCCAAUGCAUAUGAACAAGAAUAAUAAUCUGACGAACAGCAACUGUAACAAAGAUACGGAUUUACUAUUAAGACUAAGUCUAACCUCAACGGCGAGCAGUUCUAUUAAAGAUGACGAUGACGAAGAAGAAUCCUCUAGAGACAGUGCCGAAUCUAAAAAUUCGUCCCUUGCUUCGCUUUUACCUAUACUUUCAGCACCAGCGACUAUCAGGUUCCCAGCAAAGAUGCCCAGUAAGAACAGAGGACCAACAACCGAUAGCGGAUUUUGUCGAUGGGACAAGUGCGAGAUCAACUAUGAUACUAGCAGUGCCUUGCUCGAACAUUUGCAAAUAGCGCACAUAAAUACACAAACAGGCGGCGAUAACUUUGUGUGUCAGUGGCAGGGAUGUAAGGUUCAAGGUAGGACUUCAUGUUCAAGAAGAUGGCUGGAGCGACACGUACUUUCGCACGGUGGUAAUAAGCCCUUCCAAUGUAUCGUUGAUGGAUGUGGAAAUAGGUUUAGCUCGCAGACCGCACUUGAGAGACAUGUAAAUGGUCAUUUUAAUCAAUCAGAAACAAGCAGUACCACAUCAAGAAAGAGUACUGAUGUUAGUGGAAAACUUGUCAGGAGAAAUGGAAAAAAAUUAAGAUACAGAAGACAACCAUGGUCUGCUCGAAUUUUCGAUUAUUUCGAUUCUGGUGUCAUGGAAGGUCUUCAGCAUAGAUUACUAGAGUUAGCAAAGAUGAGAACACGAGGUAAACUGGCUGAAACUCCAGGAGACUCGAUGACUCUUACUAGUCAAGUAUUAGCAAAAAGAGUAGAGAUGGAUGGUAAAAUUAGAGUUCUACUACGAUGGUACCCACAAGACAUUGAGCCAGAUGAAUGGGUUCUGGAGAAUGAUAAAAUGAAUAUUAAACAUGUAACUAUUCGCUCGGUUGCAACAAAAUUACCCGAUGAGGUGAAUAUCGCUCUGUAUCCCGCCGUGAAUGGCAUUAGACAUUCACUGCAGCGUGUUAAACACCAUCGAAAAUCUAAGAAAAAUACGUGAUAACAAGAAAAAGUGUCUGCUAAUUAUAUCUGAGUUCAGAAAUAGAAAAGGUAUGGCCAUUGUUCUCUAGUCCAUGACGAUUGAACAAACAUGAACAAAUUUACCGACUGAAUAAGAUAUGAAGAGCGAACAAAAUCCAAAUUUAAUACAAAAACUUCUACAUGAAAUUGUAAUUAUAUAUAUA